AUGGGAAUCAAAAUAUAUGCCAAGUGUCAAGAUACCAUUACCAUGUCAUUGCAUAAAAGGAGGUCUAAUACCCCGUCAAAGGACCCGGAGAUACUCAGUGACAAAUUAAUAGAACAAGAUGAAGAUAUACAUUUAAGAAAAUCCUUCUCGUUAUGGUCAAUUCUAGGUGUUGGAUUCGGUUUAACCAACUCUUGGUUCGGUAUUUCCGCAUCCAUGAUCACAGGUAUCACUUCUGGUGGCCCCAUGAUGAUUGUAUACGGUAUCAUCAUCAUCGCUUUGAUUUCAAUUUGUAUAGGUGUCUCACUAGGUGAAUUGUCUUCUGCCUAUCCUCAUGCAGGUGGUCAGUUCCAUUGGACUCUUCAAUUAGCUAGCCCAAAACAUAAGAGAUUUGCCGCUUACAUGUGUGGAUCAUUUGCAUACGCUGGCUCUGUUUUCACCAGUGCCUCAACAACUCUCUCGGUAGCUACUCUAUUGGUAGGAAUGUAUUCUUUAACUCAUGAGAAUUUCAUACCAAAGAGAUGGCAUGUCUUCGUCUGUUUCGAACUAGUACAUCUGUUUCUAAUGUUAUUCAAUUGUUACGGUAAAUCCUUACCCCUCAUCUCUUCGUCGUCACUUUACAUAUCACUUUUUUCAUUUUUCACCAUCACUAUAACAGUUCUAGCAUGUUCAAGUGGUAAGUUCAAUGAUUCAAAAUUCGUCUUUGCAACUUUCUAUAAUGAAACGGGUUGGAAAAGUAGUGCAAUUGCAUUCAUUGUAGGGCUAAUUAAUCCUGCUUGGUCAUUUUCAUGUCUAGAUUGUGCCACUCAUAUGGCUUUCGAAGUGGAAAAACCAGAAAGAGUUAUCCCCAUGGCAAUCAUGGGCACAAUUGCGAUCGGUUUCCUCACUUCUUUUGCAUAUGUUAUAUCGAUGUUUUUCUCCAUUCGUAAUAUUCAAGAUGUUUUAAACUCAAAUAGCGGGGCACCAAUCUUAGAAAUUUAUAAUCAAGCCCUUGGAAAUAAAGCUGGCGCGGUCAUCCUAGGAUGUUUAGUUCUGUUCACAUCUUUCGGUUGUGUCAUUGCCUGUCACACUUGGCAAGCAAGGCUUUGUUGGUCUUUUGCAAGAGAUAAAGGUCUACCAUAUUCACGAUUCUGGUCACAGGUUAAUCCAACUUUCGGCGUCCCAUUACACGCUCAUCUCAUGUCAUGCACUUUGAUCUCCAUUAUUGGUCUUCUAUAUCUAGCGUCCUCAACUGCUUUCAACUCUCUGAUCACUGCUUGUAUUGCCUUUUUAUUACUGUCAUACUCAAUACCCGUUAUCUGCUUACUUCUACGGAAAAGAGACAUGAAUCGUGGUCCAUUUUGGCUUGGAAAAUUUGGUCUUUUCAGCAAUAUCGUACUUCUAGCUUGGACCGUGUUUUCACUAGUCUUUUUCUCUUUCCCUUCUCAAAUACCCGUCAAUAGAAAUAAUAUGAACUAUGUCUCGGUAGUCAUUGCCGGUUAUACCUUCUUCUCAGUUUCUUACUGGUUCGUCAAAGGUAAAAAUGAGUUCUAUCUAGAUGACAACAUCAUCUCCUCCUCCUCUGAAGAAGAAGCUGAUAUAGUCACCCGAGAAGAUGUUAUCCUUAUUGAAGACAAAUGA